UUGUGUCGCUCCCCCUUUUGGCGUCACGCUCUCCUUCGUUAUGGUUAAUCCUUCGGAAAGCCAUCGAUCGCAUUGACCUCCGGCCAAAAUUUAGUGCUUUAAACAGUUCAAAACGCUCGCUUAUUUUCGACUUGAUUUAUGGAUUUCAAUGGCGUAGUUAAAUAUAUACAACAUUUAUUUCGGAUAUGAACCAGAAGAGCGUUAUGCUCCAAAGCCGAUGAUCUAUAUGGAAGCCGGGGCCGUGUGUAAAUGUCUGUGUGCUGUAUGCUGCUUAAUUGUUCGCUGGCGUUUAAAUAAAAAUAAGUGCGUUUAAAUGUGCAAAACAAAAGACUGGCAUUAUUAUACUAUAUAUAUUGGCGAUCAGUGAGCGCGGCGCUGCUGACAUUUCAAGCACCAUUUCAGGCCUAUCUCGAGUGCUUCGUAUCAAUAAGGAAGAACUUAGGCAACAAACUGUGGCCGAGAUAGAGGGAGAAAUAGUAACUGAGAGCCAAAGUGGCCCAAACAACAAAUGACUCGUAAUGCAAUGCCCAAGCAAUUAAUUAGUGCAUAAACAGUUAAAUUAACUGCCGGUGCAACACGCGCAUUCACUUUUCUCACUCUCUAUAUAUACUUACUACUAUAUAUACUACAUAUCUCGAGAAAUCGGGCUGGGGGAGUCGUCCAUCGCUCGCAAAAUGUAACUGCACACACACAAGAAGCCACAAAUUAUGACGCAAAUUACCGAAUUCGGUAUAUAGCGAACCCCGAGGAAUAAAAAUAUUUGCAAUUUAUGCAACAUUCGUCGCAUCGCCUGGCUGUUGCAGCAACAAAAAGAGCGAUUAGCUUUGAGUAUUACAACAAUACAGUCAGACAGCAAGAAAAAAAUCACACAAAAUCAGGGGCACUUCUGUUGUCACCGUCAACGCAUCGUUAUGAGUGCCGCCGCCUCAGCAAUUGGGUCUAAUCGGCAUUGUCGUUUGGCUUUAAUUGUUUUGACCACCUUGUGGCUGCUAAUCGAUGUAGAUGCCACCGCCUCCGCUUCUGCCACUCGGCCAAAAUCCGUCAACAUCGAGCUGCGACGCAAGAGGAGCUUACAUUACAAUGGCAUUGAGCUGGACGAGAAUGCUGUACUGGGCGAGCUGAGGGAACACGAGAGGGCCCUGAUCUUUGGCUCACGAUCUGGGGAAGAGGCACUCAAUUUUAAGCUCGUGCAUUUGGCGCAGCAGGAGGAGAAUCCACAGGAGGAGAAUCCAAUAGAGGAUCUAAAGGAGGGGAAUCCCCCAAGACGACGUCAGCGCCGCAGCCUGCCAGCAGAACAACAAGAUGAUGAUGAUGAUGAUGAUGACUCCAAGGCAGUGGAGGCCAGGUUGCAGCUGCAUCAGUCUCCCCAGCUGAUCGACGACGCCUUCAUCUUCAUCCGGCGCACCGAAAAUGGGACACAGUUUGUGGAUCAUUCGCCGCAGCUGCUGAAGCGCCUGGAGCAAUGCUUCUACCGGAGUCCAGCGGCUGCUCUCGAUCUCUGCGAGCCGGGCAGUGUGCGUGGCGUGUUCCAGCAGAAUGCCAGCGACUUUGUGAUCCAACCGCUUCCCUCGCGCUUCGGCACCGGGACCCAUGUGCUCUAUGAGGCCCGGGUGGACAGGGGCGGCUCUGGUGGUGGGGUGUCGUCAAGGCGGAUUAAUGACGGGACACCGCAACCGUUAAACAGCCAGUUGCAGUUCGAGCCCGAUGCGGAGGAGUUCAACGAACCGAGGAGGCGUCUGCGGGCCCAGUCGCCGCUGAGAUUGCGCUUUCAGCCACGACAUCAUCAUACGCAUCAUAAUCAUCACCACUCGCAGCCUAGGCAUCGGAGGAGGACGAGACGCUACAUAGGGAAUCCACCGCGCUCCCGUUGGUCAGAUAUUCCGGAUGAGCUCUUCAUUGAAACGGCCAUCUUCGUGGACAGCGAUCUCUAUGAGCAUAUGCAACGCAAUUUUCCCACCGAUACGGACGGCAAGGUGAUCAGCUUUGUCAUGGCCAUGAUCAAUGGAGUGCAGCUUCUCUAUCACCAUCCCACGCUGGGUCGUCGCAUCAAUUUUGUCCUAAAACGCCUGGAAAUUUGGAAACCGAGGGAACCACAGGGACUGUCUCGCUCGAGGGACGUGGACAAAUACCUGAACACCUUCUGCAAGUGGCAGGAGAAAAUGAAUCCCUACUCCGAUGCCGAUCCCUUGCAUUACGAUCAUGCCCUGGUCCUCACCGGCAUGGAUCUGGUGACCUUCGAAAAUGGCAAGGCCAAUAGCCAAGUGGUGGGCAUGGCCACAGUGAAUGGCAUGUGCACCUCGAUAUACUCCUGCACGAUCAACGAGGCCAAGCACUUUGAGAGCGUCUUUGUGGUGGCCCACGAAAUUGGACACAACUUGGGAAUGAGGCACGAUGCCAAGGAGAUUAGCUGUGAUCCCACCAUGCACAUCAUGUCCCCCAAACUGGGCAGUGGCAAGGUCACUUGGUCCAAGUGCUCAAGGACUUAUCUGGAGGAUUUUCUACUGGACCCUCAGGCGGAGUGCCUCUUCGAUCGUGGCCAGUUUGUGGCCAAUUUGGAUCACUCUGCCGGUGGGAUACUGCCGGGAGAACGCUUCAAUGCUAAUCAGCAAUGCAUGCUACGGUUUGGCAAGGACUUUAAGCAGGCCAGCAGCCAAAACAAGAUGGAGAUUUGUCGGGAUCUGCACUGCCGGCAGGAUGGAUUACCCUGGACCUCGCAUCCAGCGCUGGAGGGCACUGAGUGUGGCGAUAAUAUGUGGUGUCGCGGUGGUACCUGCGAAGCUCGUUCACGCAAAUCCUGGACACACGAGAACGUGGCUGAGCCCACGCAUGAGAAGAUCAUCCGGCAUGAUUCCAACAGGAUACCAUCCCUGCUGCAUGAAUACAAUCCAAUGGGUAAUGAGCUGCCAGGAUCACCGUCGAACUGGGGCGAAUGGAGCGAGCCGAGUGCCUGUGAGUCGGGCUGCUUGUACGGCCAGUCGCAUCGCCUUCUGGAGGGUAGCACUGGCUUGAGGACCUUCAACCGCAGUUGCUUGAAUUACCCGGCUCGCUGCAUGGGACGUGAUCUGCGAUUUGUGACCUGUCCCUCGGCCCAGUGCCACAAGGUGCCACUCCAGACGAUCGGUGACUUUGCCACCAAGGUGUGCCUGCAGGCUAGGAAAUCUGAUCCGGAGCUCACCGGCGAGGGCCAGCAGCUGAGCACCACGCUGGAGGAGUCGUGCAAGAUCUUCUGUCGCACUAGGAGCAAUGGCACCAAGUCGCGCAGGUGGAUCUUUCCCGAUGGCACAUCCUGCCGAUCGAAGCAACAUAAACCUGAGGAUAUUACCUAUUGCAUUGGCGGACGUUGUGAGCGCUUCUCCUGUGACAAUUCCACCACGAAUUUCUUCAAGAUGGACAAUGAUUUCUGCGAAAGAAAGUCUGGGCGUCCGGUAAGGGAUUCCUCGGAUCAGGAGAGCCGGCAGGAAACCACCAACAAGCGAUAUGCAGAGCGGCAACAGGGUAUCACACCAAGGAGUCCCCAUGAGAAUGAGGUGGCAAAGGGCAUUCCCCGCGGCAACCACAUCAGUGCUCCACCUGCGCCCUACAAACGGAGGCCCUACCCGAAACCCUAUCCUCCAGAAAUCUCCCGACCGCCGCCGCCUGCCUCCGCCUCGCUGAUCGCCAUCGAUCGGAGUUCUUCCCCCGAGUCCGAGUGGGUGGUGCAUCCGGGUUGCCACUCCAACUGUAUGACCGACUCGAAGGGCGUCCAGGGAGUCACAUCCCGGCUGACGGGUGUGGAGAGCAUCCGGCUAUGCUCAUACCGGGUCCAGCCCUGCGAACGUCUCCAGACAGCGACAGAGUUCGCUGAGCAGACCUGCGCUCGGUACCGAUCCAAGGUGCGUGGCUUAUCAGGACGCGGAGCGCAGAUCUGGCCCAGUAUCGAUGAGCCGGAUCGUAGCUGCCGGGUGGGUUGUCAGGAUGAGUAUAUUAAGUAUCGUUACUACCUGGUGAAUGGCCGGAAUGGACAGUUUCCGCUGGGCACGCGCUGUUCGCAGGUGGGCAAGCGAUAUUGCGUAUACGGCAGGUGUCUGGAGUUUGGUGAUGAUGAUCUGCCCUUGGAGAAGACCCACAUUAGCUUGGGUCGCUUAAGGUCACGAAGGAGACGGAGCAUGGCCUUUAAUGAAUUAGUAAACAUAACGCAAAACCUUGAAGAAACACAUUUAGAUAUCUCUGAUGUAAACAACGAAUUAACCCAACCCAUACACGUCUCCGCAGACGAACUGAGUAGCAACAGCCAAUAGCCCAUUAGCUUCCUGGCCACAAUUCCCUUAGUCGAUUAAGUUCUAAGUUCUAGAUUAAGUUCAAGGCUGCCCCGAAAAAGAAAAACUGCCUGACAAAUAUACAUAAACGAUACAAUCUUAAA